GGCUUGGAGGUGACUGGGAGCAGCUGCGGGCCAGUCAGCAGCCAGUUGCGCACUUGGCGGCACACACAGGCGGAGCGCACUACAGCUGCGUGGAUGUAGAGCCACUAAAGGACUUCACUUACUGGUUUUUACAUGCGACUUUCAUCACUGGACGCCUACUGGUUCUGCUUUUCUAAUUCCAAUUUACCACGGAUUCGUUACAAGUGCCUCCUCGGAGCGGAUAUAGCCUAUUACGCAUCCCGGAGCCGGUGCAAAGAGGACUCUUAAGACCAUCAGCGGCGAGGAGCAACAGAAGUUCAAGAGCCAGAAAAACAGGGAUCUGUCUCUGCUGGCGUGUUCCAGAAAUGCUCAACAAUGCAGUGAAGACCUAAAGGCCUCCAGCCCAUGUGUGUCCCACAGAAAACACACACUGAAGAGUUGCAGACACCAGUGUUCUUUGUGUGGCCGGCCCUGUGUGUGCGUGUGUUUACACACUCUACUAAUAUUAAAGCACUGCAGAGCCGAGGACAUAAACUCAAGAGUAUGGUCCAGGUGUCCACCUUAGUCUACCUGCUGGGAGGCCUUUUGGGCCUGGUUCUGCCAUUGCCUGUUCUGACGGCCUCGACACCAGCCAGCAUGUGCACGCCCUUGAAGACGCUCAACGACAGCCUGAGCCACAGGCGACGGUACAUGAAGCACAACUUCCCCAUCAACUACACCAUCAGAGUUCAUCAUGAGGAAAUCUUUAGACUGUCAAACAUCAACAGAAUGAGGUUACAGGUGGAGGGGUUGGAUGAGCUGGUUCUCCAGAGGUUGUGGUUUCAGGUCAACCAAGGCGUGUUAAAAAAGAUCAUCCGGGUGAUGCCAGAGAGACAUCCUUCACGUCCGUACACCACAGAGUUGGAAAGGCGCUUCAGGGAUGCGGAGGGCGUCUUUGUACAGUCACAUCCUGCUGAGGUGUUUCAGCAAGAACUUCCUGAGACCAUUCAGGACACUUGGGAUCAUUUAACAGAAGAGCCUGACAGAUUGCCAGAGUCAAGCUGGCGAUAUGCUUCACCUAAAUCACUCCUGGACAACCUUUGCAACACCAUGCAUUGCCUCUUCAGUGAGUGCUUCGCCAGCGCAGAAGUGCAGCAGGACUACUUCUAUACAGAUGGACUUCUGUUUGAAAACAGUGGAGUCGCCCCCUCCUGGCCAUGAGACAGAAUGCAGACUGCGGCGUGUCCCAUUGGAGGAAAGGCAGGAAGAAAGACCCAUAUCCUGAGAGCUGAGAACAGGCCGGCGGGAUGAGGACGUCCCUUUUGAUACUGAUAAGGGAUUGGUAUCAUAAUCUCCCUUGAGCGGACGGGAGAGGGGUAAAAGAACAACCCACACAGAAAAAGAUCCUGAUUUGUGAACAUCAAUAAGUCUUUCCCAAAUCUACCAAACAGAGCUUAGAUUGUCUUGAUGAUAUGAUGAAAAGACAGCCACCGGCCCCAUCGGGCUCAUAUUGUAUUGUACAGCAAAAGUUAUGGUGAUGAGUUCAGGUUGACUUUCUGCUAAACUGACAUAUAUGAUCCUCAGAUUUUCCAGUUCUCUGUCUCAGGAAGGCUUUGGUUUUUGUCUCUUGAUGGCAGCUCAGAUUGACGUUUUUGGAAGUUUUGGAAAAGAUUUGUUCAUGUUCACACAUAUGGACCAAAUUGAUCAUCAAGCUGAUGUCACUGUGACUUUGCCAAACCUCUGUCUAAAACGCCUGUGAUGUGCUCCGGUGGAGCUGCAAGAAGCAGUGAGAGAGACGACACACCGGAGUGUUUUUAUAUUGACUGACUUCAGCCGACUUUGUACCAUAGACGCACUUCUCCUCUACCAACGCCUCUUUGACACAACGAGCUAGAGACAGAGCCAUGUAUGUACAUGAACUGAACUGAUAACUGCUGUUUUCUCUUCCCUCUUCAGUUUUGACUAUGCAUUUCUUACCUACAGUUUGCAUUUAAAUGUUGUUGUUGUUUUAGAUCUGUGCUAUAGGCCCACAUUGUAUAUUCAAAAGCAUCAAAACGUGUUUAUUUUUGCCCCAUUUCAUGUAUUUCUUUCAAUAUACAGCAUAUUGAUUGUGCACAAAGACUUGGAGUUCAACCGACACAUACAAUCAUCUCUCUGUUCAAUAGUCAUGCAUUGUUAUGUAGUUGUUG